AUCAUCAGCACGGUGCACGCAGGUCGCACUCGAUCUCUGGGUGUUCCGCGUUUGCUUUAGAUUCUUUCAAUUGUUGUACCGAAAUACUGCCUGAAACCUACACAAAAGUCUAGCGCUGGUUUCCUUUUUUCUCGUACUUCAGUCCUAGCGAAUUUCUAAAGAUUCUUCUCACUCAAGAUGUCCACACCGAUGACCUUAGACGUGUGGGCUGGAGAUUGGGGACUUCCGUCUGUUGACAUUCAAUGCAUCAGGAUUAUGAUGUACGCUCGAAUAUGUGGAGCACCAGUCCAGUGCCGAACCGUCCGAACCCCUUUCUUUUCACCCUCUGGAAAGCUUCCUGUGUUCCGGCAUGGCAGCCAUACACUGACCAAUUUUGACGACAUUGCAGCUUAUUUGCACAGAAAGAAUUUUGGUCCCACACAACUUGUAGAAUCACAGAGGUGUGAAACAGUGUCAUACGCAGCUUACCUUGAGGAGAAGUUACUCCCUGCUCUGCUUCACAUCUGGUGGGUGAAUGAAAAAAACUACAUUGAGCUCACCCGACCUUGGUAUGCCAAAGCACUCCGACUACCUUUUAACUUUUACUACCCAGGAAGGUAUGAACAAGACGCGAAACUCAGGUUACAAUCCUGUUACAAUGGAACUCCUGAUGAAAUUGAAACUCAGGUAUAUAAUGAUGCAGAACAAUGCUUGAAUAGUCUCUCACAAAAACUUGGGGAUAGCCAAUAUUUUGGAGGCAACUGUCCCUUCGCCCUUGAUGCAACCAUAUUUGCGUACCUUGCACCUUUGCUGCGUGCACCAUUUCCCUCAAAUCGACUGCAAAACCACUUGAAGAAUUGCAGAACCCUAGUCGAGUUUUGCAAGCGUGUGAGCCAGCUGUACUUCGAAAAUUCGUUUAACAAGUAUGAUGCUGAGAAGAAGAAAGCUGAGGCCGUUAAAAAGGAAACGGACGAAGACUUUCCAAACCAAAAAAGAAACUGGCUAGGUGCUGCAAUAUUUGCCACCGCUGCUAUGACUGGAUACUUGUUUAGUCAGGGAAUGCUUCAGAUUUCCCUUCAGCCGCAGAAAAGCUCUGCUAAACGCGAGUUGGGCGAUGACUACGAGGAAAUUUAUCUUCAUGAGGAUACUUAAUAUACUCCGUUCAUUCCUGUUCAGCUAGUCUUUUUCUUUAUCGACUGCCAAUAAAGUUGUGACAAAGGUA